AUUUAGAAAGACCAAUUAGUUUCUUCCUGAAAAAUCAGCAAACUUCAAAUUCGACGACUACUAUUUGUCUUCUUUACAUUAAUAAAAAAAAAUAUAUAUAUAGAUAUCUGAGGAUCAAAUCUUGUCAGAUAGAUAUGGCAGAGUUUAUGAGAAACCUUACUUUGGUCACGACGACCCUUAUGGUAUUGCUUCAACUAUGCAGCAUCGUAUCUUGCACCACAAGCACCUCAAUCACCACCAUAAACAACACGAUACGAGACGGAGACUCACUAAUCAGCGAAGAAGAAGUCUUCGAGCUCGGAUUCUUCAGCCCGAAAGAUUCAUCUUUAAGGUACGUCGGAAUCUGGUACAAGAACAUCGAACCUCAAACAAUUGUCUGGGUAGCUAACCGAGAGAGUCCAUUGUCUGAUCACAACGGGGCUCUAAAGCUUGCAGAUGACGGGAACUUGGCGGUAGUUGACGGACAAAACAACACCGUUUGGUCCACAAACGUGCCGCCCAAGUUGAACAACACCGUUGCUGUUCUAUUGGAAACAGGGGAUCUGGUUCUGUCUUUAGAUUCAGACAGGGACACUAGGUACUGGGAGAGCUUUAACAACCCAACUGAUACUUUCUUGCCCGGUAUGCGGGUUAGGGUGAACCCAUCAAGCGGAGAGAAUCACGCUUUUACACCAUGGAACUCCGAAAAUGAUCCUUCGCCAGGAAGGUAUUCGUUAGGGAUUGAUCCUAUUGGAGCACCAGAGAUUGUGAUUUGGGAAGGAGGGACGAGGAAAUGGCGAAGCGGUCCGUGGGAUUCGGUUAUCUUUACCGGUAUACCGGAUAUGUUCCGUAACACAAACUUUAUUUACGGGUUUAAGCUCUCUGCUCCUCCUGAACGAGAUGGUAGCGUGUACUUCACGUAUGUUCCGUCAGAUAGCUCUGACUUACUAAGGUUUCGGGUUAGGUUUGAUGGCGUAGUAGAGCAGUUCAGAUGGGACAAAGAUGCCAGGAGGUGGACUUUGCUUCAGUUGAAACCGAGUACGGAAUGUGAGAAGUACAACCGUUGCGGUAAUUACAGCGUAUGUGAUGAGAGCAAAGAGUUUGGUUCGGGUAAAUGUAGUUGCAUCGAUGGGUUUGAGCCGGUGAGUCGGAAUCUGUGGGACGACGGAGAUUUCUCGGGUGGCUGCAAAAGAAGAGUGCUAUUGAACUGUAGCCAGACUCUGAGAGAAGACGAGUUCGUGGAGCUUAGUGGAAUGAAGUUGCCUGACUUUGGAUCAGUUGUUACCCUUGGAAACUCGGAGACUUGUAAAGAUGUAUGCGUGAGGGAUUGCUUGUGUAAUGCUUAUGCGUUUGUUAGAGGGAUCGGAUGCAUGAUUUGGACUAGAGAUUUGAUAGAUAUGGAGCGUUUUGAGGAUGGUGGACAGUCUAUCAACGUCCGGCUAGCGGAAUCUGAAAUAGGUGGGAGGGAAAACUCGAAACUGUGGAUAGUUAUUGUUAGUGUUAUAGGUGCCUUCUUGCUCGGAUUAUGCAUUUGGACCUUGUUGAAGUUGAAGAAAAGAGUUAAAGCUAUUUUGUGGAGGAAGAAAGACUUUCCAGUUUUCGAAGAGAAAAAAGAUUACUCGGUUAAGUCCUCAAACUCGACGAUCCAAGUUCUGGUAGGGGGUCUAGUUGACACACCAGAUUUUCCCAUUUUCAGUUUCAACACCGUAGCCUUAGCAACUGGAAAUUUUGCUGAAGAAAACAAGCUUGGACAUGGUGGAUUUGGUACUGUAUAUAAGGGAAACUUUCCAGGUGACAGAGAGAUCGCGGUGAAGAGACUAUCAGGGAAAUCCAAGCAAGGGCUAGAGGAAUUCAAGAACGAGAUCUUACUGAUCGCAAAACUCCAGCAUCGAAAUCUUGUUAGAUUAGUAGGAUGCUGCAUUGAAAACAAUGAGAAGAUGCUUCUCUAUGAAUACAUGCCAAAUAAGAGCUUGGACAGUUUCCUUUUCGAUGAGAGUAAACGAGGAAGUUUAAACUGGAAGAAACGGUGGGAUAUCAUUGGAGGAAUCGCGAGGGGAUUGCUUUACUUGCAUAGAGACUCAAGACUAAAGAUCAUUCACCGUGACCUAAAAGCUAGCAAUAUCUUGCUGGACAAGGAAAUGAAUCCGAAAAUUUCGGAUUUUGGUAUGGCUCGGAUCUUCAACUACCGACAAGAUCAGGCCAACACGAUCCGAGUUGUCGGCACAUAUGGUUAUAUGGCUCCGGAGUAUGCAAUGGAAGGAAUGUUCUCAGAAAAAUCUGAUGUGUAUAGCUUUGGAGUGUUGAUACUGGAGAUUGUAAGUGGAAGCAAGAACGUUAGCUUUCGAGGGUCUGAACAUGGAAGUAUCAUCGGCUAUGCGUGGAAUUUAUGGAGCCAAGGAAAGACCAAAGAGCUAAUAGAUCCGACGGUGAAGGACACUCAAGACGUAAACGAAGCAAUGAAAUGCAUCCACGUGGGGAUGUUGUGUACACAAGAGUCAGUAAUCUACAGACCAAACAUUGGUUCGGUUUUAUUGAUGUUGGAGAGUCGAAUGAGUCAUCUUCCACGACCGAGACAGCCUACCUUCCAUUCGUUCUUGAACUCCGGCGAGAUCGUGGAAGGUCAGGAUGUUGCCACGGUCAAUGAUAUUACUUUGACCACUGUUGUUGGUAGAUGACUACUUGAGUUAAUUGUUCUUCCCCACGCUAUUUGACUUCUCAUUUCAUUUCGCUGGAAGUCCCUUAGUUUCAACUUUUGUUAAUAAUAAAUUUUCGUCCUGUUAACCGGGCUUCGUAGCCUGGUGGUAAUGGAACCUCGGCUGAGGUGCCCGCCACCCAGCUUCGAAACCCGGCCACAGCGAUUUAACAUCCUUACUGCUGGGGCGCUGGACCCCUUCGGGGGAUAUUUGGGAAAGUGGCUGCCCAGACACCAGAGAUAUCAAAAAAAUUUUCGUCCUGUUAAACCUUUUAAAAUACAUAUACUUGAUCAAUUUGAACAUUGUCGAGGAAAAUAAACAAAUCGGAUUUGUACUGUAGUUGUGUUUUGGGAUCAGCAUACUUCGUUCUUUUUUAUUUAUUUACUCCAUCUGUUUCAUAAUACAAGAUAUUUUGAUUGAA